GCACCUGCCACUCUGAAUACUUUAAAAAUAUUUAACAGUGUUUUGCUUCCCUCCUGCAGGACCCCGGUCCACUUCAGCUCUCCACCAUACACUCCUCCACCCCAGAUGAACAGGUCCCUUUCAUCUCCCGACAGUCUGCAGAAGCAUGUCAUGAUGAACAACAUGAUGUGGCAGAUCCAGAUGCAGCAGAUUGAGCAGUUAAAUGGCGGUUUCUCCAAGCCUGUGCAGAGGCAGCCGCCGGCGGGGGGGAAUGCGGGAGGAGGCGGCGGCGGCUCCCGUCACCAUGACAACGCCCCCUACCGCCACCCGGCCCAGAUGCAGGGCGGCGGCAGAAACCAGCGCUACGGAGAGGAACCAACUACCGGUCGUCACCAGCAACAAGGCCGGGACAGCUAUCAGCAACAAGACAGGAGCGGUAAUCGUCACGGUGACAGCAGAGGUGGCAAAAGACACCAUGACGAUAAGGGCGGAAACCGUGGCAACCAAGAUAAUAGAUGGCGACGGUACUGAGACAUGUAAAGGACUUCUGUAGAGACUUUACACAUUUAUGGACAACUUCCACAAAAAAAAGAGAUCAUGGCUUUUGUUGACAUUCACAUGUAUACUCAGGUUGUUUGUACAUGAUUCCACCACUCUGAAGAUUUGAUAACUUUGCCUUAGAGACAUUUUUGUUUACUUUUUAAGGUGUUUUUAAACUUCUACACUUUCAUGUGAGUUUGUCCUCACAGAAAAUAUUUUGAGCUGUAUUGAUGGAGAGCAAGUUAAAGUUAUUGGACACGACUCGUCAUUUUAGAUGAUCGAGAUGAAAAAAAUACACAUGUAUUUAUAGAAAAAGAUUUGCAAUAUUGGACAGUUUAUGUUAUGCAAAAACCAUUCAGAUGGUGCUGCAAUUCUUCAGGUAUUUUGUAAAAUACGACAGCUAAAGAUUCCACCAGCACCAGUUUUACAAUAAUAGGGCACCAUCCUUUUUUAAUGUUGGAUCUGUUGACCAUGCUCUUUAUAAAAAACAAAAGAGCUUUAUUUAAUUUUUUUAUUCUGAGUCUGUAAGACGAACUGUUUUAAAAAUGUCCAUUACUAUAAAGCUCCUUUCAUUUGA